AUGUCUUUUCGGGAAUUACGUUCCUUUGCAGAGACGAUGCGUCUCUUGGGAUACCCCAAUCUCAUCAGUAUGGAGUCAUUUCGAAACCCUAACGUGGAGUUGGUGGCAGACUGCCUAUAUUGGCUUAUCAAACGGUAUGAACCAUCGGCAGAGAUUGUCUAUGAGAUUGCACGGGAGGCUGAUCGCGUUUACUUCUUUAAACAAGUAUGUGAAGUUGCUUUGACUAAGGGUCGAAUUAAACUUAACAUUAAGAAACUUUACCAAUGUGACGGGAAUGCUGUACAGGAAAUGCUCAUAUUAGCUGGAAUUCUUAAAAAAGCUAUGAGUGCAACUGAAGCAGAAGAACCUGAUUACACUGGUCUACAACAAAUGGUUGCCCAAAAAAAUGUUCAAGAUGCCAAACGUGUGCAACAAUUAUGCAGUGAUUUAACAAGUGAUGGAAGUUCUCUGUUUUUCCUUAUAGAAGAGGAAAUAUCACAACGUGCGGAACGUCAACGUGUGCUAUCACGUGCAACAGAAGUUGGAGAAUUUGAGCGACGCCUACGUGAUGUAUUAAACAAUGUGGGUAAACAAGUGGAACAAUUACAGACAGCCAUUGCAAACCUUGGCGCUGAUGAAACCACUUUGGAGCAAAAGAUUGAGAGUAAAAAGACACAAUUAGAACGAGCACAAAAACGUCUUAAAUCUCUAAUGGCUGUACGACCAGCUUUUAUGGAGGAAUAUGAAAAACAUGAAUCAGACCUACAGUCUCAAUUUGUUGUUUACCUUGAGCAAUACUGCAAUUUGGAGUAUCUGGAACAUGAAUUGGCUAGAUUUAACGCCGCUGAGGAUGCUGUAUUGGAGGAACACGAAACUCGUUUGCGUGUCAUGCGUGAACGACUUCGGAAAGAAGAACUUAACGCACUUCGCGGUGAGGCAAACCGCAAACGUACCACUCGCAACAACAUGGAACCUCCGCAUCCCCGAAAAAGAACCCUCCCUACAGCCCAAGAUGAUGAAGAUGACGAUGAUGAUGAUGAUGAAGAGGAGGACGGUGAUGAUACCCCUGCACAGGCUCGGCAUGUAGGCCGCGGGCGGGUGCGGGAUGCCGCGGCGGAGGGCAGCAGCCGCAGCGACAGCAGCGACGCGUCGGGGCCGCAGGAUCCACCGCGACCGCAAGCCGCAUUUGGCCGCCCACGUCCAUCGCCGGCCACGGAUGCCGCCCCCGCCCGGCGUGGCCAGGAUGGCUAUAGCAACAGUAGAAGUAGUGGAAACAAUGGGGGAGGCGCCGGUGGGGAAAUGAUGAAUGCGAUGGAUGCCGAUGAGGCGGCGCGGAUGUCGGAUAUGCGAAUGGCGCGGGGCGGUGGGUCUGGACCAUCGUCUGGGUACAAUCCGUAUGGUGGAGGAAGAGGAGGCGGCGGUGGUGGUGGUAUGAGUGAGGGUGACGAUGAUGAUGAUGAUGAGAGUGAGACCGAUGAUGAUAGUGAUUCUGACAUUGACACCUCCGAUAUCAGCACUGACAGCGACGACUCGGACGAUGAUAGCAGCAGUGGUAGUAGUGGGAGCAUUUAA